AUGAAAACUUUCUUUUUUUUUUUUUUAAUUGUUCUUUUAAAAAAUGUAAUUUGCGAAGUCAAAGAAUUGAGUUAUCAUGAAUUUUAUCGAAUGUUAAUGAUAGAAAAAAAUGACAAAAAAAAAAAAAUAUAUUCUCUAGAGAAUAGGACAAAUUUUAAAAAUACAUAUUAUUUUCAAGACUUCUUAUAUUUGAAGACUAACAAUGAUUUUGUUCUUUAUGUCUAUGCAAAAUGGGACACUGAUUCGAACAACCUGAUAACGGUUUUUAGAGAAGUUGAGAGAAUUAUAACAGAAAAUAAAAUAAAAAUAGAUUUCUACAUUUUUAACAUUGACAACGCCAAGGGCUUGUGUAAUUCUUUAAACAUCACCACCUUGCCUGUAAUGCUGUAUGUUUCAUCCGUUCAUAGGAAGAAAUACAACUCUUUACUUUAUAAAGUUUUGAGUUCAAGUAAAGAUGUUAAAAUAAGUAACGCCUUCAGGUACAAUGGCGACAUGUACUGCUACGAUUAUAUUGUGGAAUGGAUAGAAGCACAUCACUAUUUUACCAAGACAGUUUUGUUAAUAAAAAAAAUAUUUCAAUGGAAGAAAAAAUAA